AUGCGCAACCUGCGAAACCUGCGGUUCGGACGAUGGCGGCAUCCCGACAUCACCGCCGCCUGCUGGGACCCCGAGACCGACGAGAUUGUGUGCGCCAUCGGCCCGACCGAGCAGAACCCGACGGUUGAGCUGGUCAGGCUGUCCGACUCUGAUUCCAUCCGCAGAAACCACCGCACAUUUGCUCGCUGGGAUGCGCCCAGUCCGAACCCCGAGCUCCUCGUCGACCGCAUCGUCAGUCUCCACCACCUCAGCGGCAGCGGCACGACAUGCCUCGUCCUGGAAGGCGGCGACAUCAUCACCGUCCGCGAGGAUCCCUCGGCCGGCCAUGUCCACAUUGAGAUUAUGGGGUCGAUAGACGCCGGCAUUGCGGCCGCGCGAUGGUCCCCCGACGAGGAGCUGCUGGCCGUGGUCACCAAGGCCGACACCGUGGUCUUCAUGGGAGGCGCCUUUGACCCCGUUGCCGAAGUGACCAUGACGGAGGAGGAUCUCAAGGCGUCCAAGCACGUCUCGGUAGGAUGGGGCAAGAAGGAGACGCAGUUCCAGGGGCGCGGCGCCAAGGCCCUCCGGGAUCCCACGAUACCCGAGAAAGUCGACCAGGGACUCCCGAGCACCAACGAGGACGGAUCGGUAUCCAUCAGCUGGCGCGGAGACGGCGCGUACGUGGCCGUCAACUCGGUUCAGGAGGGGUCUCGACGAGUCAUCCGGGUGUAUUCUCGCGAGGGAGAGCUGGACAGUGCCAGCGAGCCCGUUGACGGAUUUGAAGGCGCUCUGAGUUGGAGACCGUCGGGCAACCUCAUUGCCGGUAUUCAGCGAUUGUCCGACAGGGUUGAUGUCGUCUUCUUCGAGCGGAACGGCCUGCGCCAUGGACAGUUUACCCUGCGAUCGCCCAACGGAGCGAUCUUGGAUGCUGCCGACACCAGGAUCCGACUGGAGUGGAACUCGGACUCGACCGUUCUGGCAGUCAUCCUCGCCGACACCAUCCAGCUGUGGACCAUGGGCAACUACCACUGGUACCUCAAGCAAGAAAUCGCCAUGGAGCCGGGAUUUGCCUGCCUGGCCUGGCACUCGGAAAAGGCACUUCGGUUCGCAGCAGCAUCGGCCGGCAGCGUCAUCCUCGCCGAGCAAAUCUUCCAUACCUCUCGGGGCUCGUGCCGGCCGCCCUACGACAACGGCGUAGUUGCUGUCAUCGACGGCGAGACAGUCAAGAUCACACCCUUUCGAACUGCCAAUGUGCCUCCUCCGAUGGCCCUCUUUGAGGUCAAGGCCGCCUCCUCUGUUGUUGAUGUAGCCUUUGGACACCGCAACUCUUCCUUUGCAGUCCUUCACCAGAAAGGCGUGGACAUCUACGAGUUGCCAUUGAAGAACGGAAGGUCGACCAGGCCGGUGGAGGUGCUCAAGCUGCCUUUUGAUACCCCUAAUAUGCCAGAGCAUCACAUGCCCCUGAGAAUCUGCUGGGUGUCUGAGAACAGCCUGCGAUGUAUGGGGUAUCAGGAUGACCUGGGCCACCUUCAACUGGUUGUGUCUACGGGUGAAGGAAGCUCCACCGAGAUUAGCAUGCUGGACAGCAACCUGAUAUUGGCAGCCACGGCAACGCGCGAGGAUGAAUCUACCGUGGAGAGCUACGGCCAGGAUCAGUCUGGCAGGCUAUAUAAGCUCUCCAACUCCGGCGACGACAUUCUUCCCAUCCAGUUUACGACACAGCUUCCGUGGUUCGAGGUCAGCAAGCACGACGACGUUGAGAUGGCCUUUGGCCUCUCGCGGGCGGGCCACAUCUUUGCAAACUCCAGGCUGCUGGCCAAGAACUGCACCUCCUUUGUCGUCACGCCAGACCACCUCAUCUUCACCACCAGCAACCACUUUGUCAAGUAUGUCCACUUGGUGGCAGAUGUCGAAGACCUAGAGGUUCCUGGCGAUGACCCUGAAAAGGACGAGCGAUGCCGCAGCGUGGAGCGCGGUUCUCGUCUUGUUACCGCGAUGCCGACCAACAUGAGCAUCGUGCUGCAGAUGCCGCGUGGCAACCUGGAGACCAUCUUCCCUCGAGCCAUGGUGGUGGCUGGCAUCAGGAGCCUCAUUGAAGAGAAAAACUAUGCGCGAGCUUUCUCUUACUGUCGGUCGCAGCGUGUGGACAUGAAUAUUUUGUAUGACCACAAGCCCGAGCAGUUUCUCUCCUGCGUUGGCCUCUUCUUGGAUCAGCUGAAGGAGGUCUCCUACAUUGACCUCUUCCUUUCAUCUCUAAGAGAGGAAGAUGUCACGCAGACCAUGUAUAAGGAUACCAAGCGGGCAAAGGCUCAACCCUACAGCGCCAACGCCCCCGAGACACCGUCUUCACAGAAGCCUCACGGCUCCAAGGUCAAUGCCAUCUGUGAUGCAGUCCUCAAAAGCCUCCAGUCUCGCAAGGAGACGCAUCUCCAGAACAUCAUCUCCGCGCACGUCUGCAAAGUCCCCCCUGCCUUGGAUGACGGCCUGACCCUCGUUGCUGAGCUGAUGCAAGAAGACGAAAAACUGGCAGAAAAGGCAGUAGAGCACAUUUGCUUCCUGGUGGAUGUCAACCGCGUGUAUGGGAACGCUCUUGGUCUGUACAACCUCGACCUUGCUUUGCUGGUCGCACAGCAGUCCCAGCGAGACCCCAGGGAAUACCUCCCCUUCAUUCAGAACCUUCACGUCCUUUCCGAGCUCCGCCGCAAGUUUGAGAUUGACGACCAUCUUGGCCGACGACAGAAGGCCUUGGCUCGCCUCAAGGCCCUGGAUGCGUUCGACGAGCUGUGCAACUACACCAGCAAGCAUGACCUCUACCAAGACGCCCUCAAACUCUACCGCUACGACCCGCCUCGGCUGGCGACCCUGACGGAGCUCUAUGCCGUCUACCUCGAAUCCAGGUCUCAGUACAGAGAAGCAGGCCUGGCAUACGAGUCCAUCAGGAACUAUGCCAAAGCGACCAGCUGCUACCGCUCGGCCGGCGCGACAUGCUGGCAAGAAUGCCUCUUCACGGCUUACCAGCAAGAUCCCCCCCUCUCCGCAGACAGCAAAGCCGAGCUCGCGACGGCCCUUGCAGACGCCCUCUGGGAGGCCAAGGACUUUUCCUCCGCCGCCACCAUCCACCUCGAGUACCUCGACUCGCUCGAGACGGCCGUCAAGUGCCUCUGCCGGGGCUACCACUUCGCCGAGGCCAUCCGCCUCGUCGUCCAGCGGUCCCGCCCGGACCUCCUCGAGUCGGCCGUCGACGUCGGGCUCGCCGAGGCGCUGGGCCGGACGACGGAGUUCCUGGCCGACUGCAAGGCCCAGCUGCGCGCGCAGGUGCCCCGCAUCGCCGAGCUGCGGCUCAAGGCCGCCGAGGACCCGCACUAA